GUUUGUCCCUUGUGGGUUGUUGUAAGCAUAGCGGUGCAAAAUGGUGGCCUCUGUAGUGCUGACCUGGACAUAAUGGACAUUUGCUCUGAUAUUAUAUGUUCAGAGAAGAGCAAUAUUCACCCACUGUUCUGGACGAUGAGGUAGAGAGACACAAAUAGACACCUGGACAUCAUUGUUUCUAUUUUGUAAAUGUUAAUUCAGGGAAAACUGGACAUUUUUAAAAUAGUAUAUCUAAAAAUCCUCUUCCAGUAAGAAGGGCAGUUUCAUUCUGUCUCAGUAUCUCUCUCUCACACACACAUGUACAGGCCUUACUUUGUAAAGGUUAAUGGAAGUGAACAUUAUUCCACUUGAAUAAUAACUUGUGACCAUGAUGUCUCUUCACACGGAGGACUGGUGUUCACCACUGUGCUACCCCACCACUUCCUGCUUGCCUUUUUGCCCACGGAAAAAAAGAGACAAAUACACCAUCGUCCACUUUGAUCGAAGUUUUCACACAUGCUCAUAACAAGCAUGCACAUUGUAGAACUUUCCAACAGGCAAAACUAUUACUCUAUUUAUUGUUAUAUGUGAUAGAUAUCAGGAUUAAGAUAACCUCCAGUCUGUGUGUUUGGAGCAUGUGCUGUUCGUAAUCAAAGCACAGUUGUUAUCUAUGUUAUCUAUUAUCUAUGACACUAUCAAAGCACUGUCGUCAUUAAAGUGCAGUUUGUCAUCACAGCUUUGCUAUCAAAGCCCCUUUGUUAUAUGUUUACCUCUGUCUAACUACUAAUCAUCAGAACUUGUACGAUUUGUCGAUGUACAACCUAACUGUGUGUGUGUGUGUAAUAAAACUUCAUAAAGACACUCGAGUUGUUCCCGUCGUACUUGUUCUGGUUUUAUGGAGCUGAAAGGAUCAGUUUAGUAAAAAUCUGGACACAUGUGAAAGCUGCAAACUGGAUCAAACUGGAGGCUGAGCAGUGGAAGGACAUGGAAGCUGUGUUUGGACUGUUGCUGAUGCUGCUCGGAGUCUCUCACGGUGUGGAGACCCACUGUGAUGGCAGACAGGAUGGAGCUCAGUGUUAUGGAGCUGUCGGAGGAACUGUGUUCAUUCGGCUGAUGGACACAAUCCCACCAAGAUUUACUUUUCAGAAAAGCAAAACAAGAAUUUUGCGCUGGAAAAAUAAAGCAGUUUCUAUUUAUGUGUUGAAAAAUAGAUCCUCCUUUGAUCCCAGUAAUGGAACAUUUACAAUCAGUAAUCUGCACAAAAAUGACAGUGACAAAUAUUCACUUGAAAUUCAAAAUUCAAAUGGAGUGAUGAUAGAGAAUCGGGCUCUACACUUGUCCAUUCAAGUGUUUGCAGCCACUAACACACUGUGUGUUGAGCCCACCACGGUCACAGACACUACUGCUGGUAAGAGGACAGAGUCAGUCACACUCUCCAAUAAUAUCACAUCCUCCAGUCAAACUGUGACUCCCUCCAGAGGUGAUGACCUGUGGUUCAUUAAGCAUUUGCCAGUGAUGGCUGGUGUACUUUCAGCACUGGUACUUCUCUUAGUGCUUGGUGUAUCUGUCAUUUGUGUUCAGAAGAAAAAGAAAACAAGUGCCAAAGAUAACAAGAAGACAAUCCUGUAUCUGUGGUCUAUAGCUUCAAAGAAGAAACCAGUUUCUUUAGUCACGUGAUAUCUAAUAGAAUGUGACUAUGCUACUACUUUCCACUCUGCAGAGGAAGAGGAUGAUCAGGAAUUAACCUAUACAGAUGUCAGGGUUGUGCAGAGGAGGCAGGUACAGCAGAGUGACGAGGGGGAGGUGGAGUACGGACAAGUCAGGAUUUCAGAGCGACCUCUUUCUAUACAAAUUGUACAACAUUAUAAUUUCCUGAAUCAUGAAUUGUGACCAUUGAAGACCUGAAGUGAUCUGACGAUAAACCGGAGACUUGACUAUAAGCGCAUACAAGCACACAUUUUGUAUAUGAACCUACCCAGCUAACAUUAAAAGAUUUUACCAUGAAGUUGCAUUGGAUUCUCUUGAAUUUCACUUUUCAUUUGAAUGCAGUGAAUAACAGCAGUACUACAUAAUAACUUGUGCUGUGUGUGUUCACCUGUUACUUUUAGUCUUCUCAGUUCCGACCACGGCUUCCUCUGAGUUAUAUACGGAAAAAAACGUUUCUUCAAUUCCCUUGUGUCAGAGUGGUCAGUGUGAUGUGUGCAUUUUUGCCUUUGGGGUGAACGAGUCUGUCUGAAAGCUGAAGGCUGAACACUGAGGAAACAUGGAAGCUGUGUUUGGACUCUUGGUGAUGCUACUCAGAAUGGCUCAUGGUAUGGAGACCCACUGUGAUGGCAGACAGGAUGGAGCUCAGUGCUAUGGAGCUGUGGGAGGAACUGUGUUCAUUCAGCUGAUGGACACAAUCCCAUCAAAAUUUAUUUUCCAGACCAGCAAAACACCAAUUUUGCGCUGGAAAAAUAAAGCACUUUCUACUAAUGUGAUGACAAACAGAUUCUCCUUUUAUCUCAGUAAUGGAACAUUAAGAAUCAAUAAUCUGCACAAAAAUGACAGUGACAAAUAUUCACUUCAAAUUCAAAAUUCAAGUGGAGCUGCGAUAGAGAAUCUGGCUCUACACUUGUCCAUUCAAGCUCCCUUGUCCUCGGUCACGUUGGUGAAUGACUGUUUGUCCCAGGGAGAGAUGAGGAUGUCCUGCAUCAGUGAGGGAGGGGGGGACAGUCCUCAGUACAGUUGGACUCUGGAUGGACACACACUGACACCGGAUGAGCUCCUCUCUGGAAAUAAGGACAGUGACAUCAUCGUUCUGAGACAGAACGUCUCAGGAAUCCUGGUCUGCUCAGUCAGUAAUCACGUCAGUAACAUCUCCAAAGACAUGAGGAUACCGACCUGUGGUUUCAUCUUCAUCAACUGCACCUUAUCCAAUGGGACGCACGUAUCACAGUGGGUGUUUGCAGCCACUAACACACUCUGUGUUGAGCCCCCUUCUGCUGGUAAGAGGACAGAGUCAGUCACACUCUCCAGUAAUAUCACAUCCUCCAAUCAAACUGUGACUCCCUCCAGAGGUGAUGACCCGUGGUUCAUUAAUCACCUGAUAUGUGGUUUGCGAGCAGCGGUGGCAGUUCUUUUAUUAAUUGGCAUCACGGUCUAUUUUGUAUGGAAGAAAAAGAAAUCCAGUAAAGCUGACGACCCGGAGAAUUCUGUCUGCAUGGUCGAAAUGAGAAGUGCAGCAGAUUAACAUUUUAUUUUGCUUCUCUCUCUGUGAUGACUCAUGUGUCUUUGAGGGUGUGUAAAUGUUUUUUUAAAGCCAAAUGUCUUUUUUAAGCUAAAGCUUCUUCUGCCUUUUAUGUCGAUGUUUUAGCAGCUCAAUAUCAGAGCUUUUUCUGGCUCAAUUCCUGGCUCUGCUAGUCUAUAUGUGUCCUUGAGCAAGACACUUAACCCCAUGUUGGAGCGUGUGAAUGGAUAUGAAAGAUGUGUGAAUGGCUGAAAGGCAAAACUGUAGUGUAAAGCAGCUCAUCAAGACAAGCAAAGCUCGUAUAAAUACAGACCAUAAUACCAACUGUUUUUCUUCUUUUUUUAUUUGGUAGUGACAAGUCACAAAGAUAGUUCAAGGAAAUGUGGUGAAGUAAAAGUUAAAGUUGCUAGAACUAUAAACAACAAAGUAAAGUACAGAUAUGUGAUUCUUGUACUUGAGUACAGUAACACCGUAUUUGUACUUUGUCAAAUUACAACAAUUGAAAUUACAGUACAAAGAUUGCUUAAUGCUAAUGAUGUCAACUCUCAGGUGUAAAACGUUGUACAUCGUAGUUAUUGAUUUCCAUACUGGUUUUACUUAUAUAGUUGCUGUAAAGUUAAAACUAUAUAAAUCCAAAUUUAGUCAAGCAAUAUGAUAAAUGA